AUCUCCCGGCAAAAAUCUCUUUUCCUCUUUCUCAUUGAUUCUUUUAGGGUUUGCUGCAGAUCUCCCUUAGUCCUUUGUUUGAUCGUUAAUCUUUCCUCUUGAGGAAACAAAUUACUAAAAUGAGAGGGUUACUAAACAAACUCGUCUCCCGUUCUCUCUCCGUCGCCGGCCAGUGGCAGCAACAGCAGCUCCGCCGUCUCAACAUCCACGAAUAUCAGGGGGCUGAGUUGAUGAGCAAAUACGGUAUUAACGUGCCAAAAGGAGUUGCCGUUUCUUCUCUUGACGAAGUUAAAGAAGUUGUCAAGACAACAUUCCCCGAUCAAAAUGAGGUGGUGGUUAAAAGUCAAAUUUUGGCAGGUGGAAGAGGCUUGGGAACGUUCCUAAACGGUUUUAAGGGUGGAGUUCACAUCGUCAAGACAGACCAGGUUGAAGAUACAGCGGGGAAGAUGCUUGGGCAGAUACUUGUUACCAAACAAACUGGCCCCCAAGGCAAAGUUGUUAGCAAGGUUUAUCUGUGUGAAAAGUUGUCACUUGUGAAUGAGAUGUACUUUGCUAUCACUCUGGGUCGUAAUACUGCUGGUCCACUUAUAAUUGCCUGUAGCAAGGGAGGAACCAGCAUUGAAGACCUUGCAGAGAAAUACCCUGACAUGAUUAUUAAGGUACCUAUUGAUGUUUUCAAAGGAAUUACGGAUGAAGAUGCUGCCAAGGUUGUGGAUGGUUUGGCUCCAAGGGUUGCUGAUAGAAAUGAUUCUAUUGAACAAGUGAAGAAGCUAUAUAAGCUUUUCUGUGAAUCUGAUUGCACAUUGUUGGAAAUCAAUCCUCUUGCUGAGACUUCUAGCAACCAAUUAGUAGCUGCUGAUGCGAAGUUAAACUUUGAUGAUAAUGCUGCAUUUCGUCAAAAGCAGAUAUUUUCUCUUCGUGAUCCCUCACAAGAGGAUCCUCGAGAAGUUGCAGCUGCCAAAGCUGAUCUGAAUUACAUUGGCUUAGAUGGAGAAAUCGGUUGCAUGGUGAAUGGUGCAGGGUUAGCAAUGGCUACAAUGGAUAUAAUUAAGUUGCAUGGGGGAACUCCUGCUAAUUUUCUCGAUGUAGGUGGAAAUGCUUCUGAAGGUCAGGUGGUUGAGGCGUUUAAGAUUUUGACUUCUGAUGAGAAAGUGAAAGCAAUUUUGGUGAACAUAUUUGGGGGAAUAAUGAAAUGUGAUGUGAUUGCAAGUGGGAUCGUCAAUGCUGCCAAAAAUGUUGCCCUAAAAGUACCCGUGGUGGUCCGUCUUGAAGGUACCAAUGUUGAGCAAGGGAAGAGAAUUUUGAAGGAAAGUGGAAUGACACUUAUAACAGCCGAAGAUUUGGAUGAUGCCGCAGAAAAAGCAGUUACAGCAGCCAGCAAAUAAGAUACUUUAAGAUAUGUGUUUGUUAUCGUCUUUCACAACAUUGAUGAUUUUUCUAUAAUUUAAGCCUAUUGAAUCUUGUUCAUGGUAAACCAAAGGAUGGAGGAGUAAUCAUUGGCCCCACGAAAAUCGUUCGUGGUAUUUUGCUUCUUGACGGUUAAGCUUACAAUUCAAAGUCUGAAAUAAAGCCCAUUUGGCUUACAUGUCACUUACACCGA